GAAUAUGGCGCGGAGACAAGCUAAACUUUUCGAGCCAUGGAUUCGCCAAGCCCGCACUAGGAACACCAUCGACAGCGGCAGUUGCAUAUGCACCCCCGCGACAGAGCGACGCAUAGCAUGCUACAUUAGGGCUGGCACAGUCACAUCCCCAGGCCAGGUGCAUUUCGACUCCUCGACACUCCCACACCUAUAGACUAUAGCCAUGGCCGAAUUGCAGUCGUCGCUAUCGACAGAGCAGACGCUUGGCGUGGUGGCCCUCAGCCUGGGGCUCGCCAUUGUCCUCUCGUACCUGGCGCUGGAGCUUCCUCGGCUCCACCAAACAUGGCGCCUCUGGUCUCGCCGCUCCCAACUGCCCCCCGGGCCCAAGACACUCAAAACAGGCAUCCGCAAACCAUGGCUCUGGUUUCGUGAGCUGAACCAGCGGUAUGGCGACGUAGUGUACCUCCAAAUGGGCCCCACCCCAACCAUCAUCCUGGGAUCCGCCCAAGCAGCCUGGGACCUGCUCGAAAAGCGCGGGGCCAUCUACUCGUCGCGCCCGCGCUUCAUCAUGGGCGGCGAGCUGCUUUCGGGCGGCCUGCGCGGGCUGAUGGCGCCCUACUCGGCCUUCUGGCGGCGCUGGCGCAAGCUGCUGCACUCCGGGUUCAUGCAGCGGCAGAGCGAGCGGUACCGGCCGAUCCAGAGUCUCGAGUCGAAAGUGCUCCUGCACGAGCUGCUCACUAACCCAGCGGAGUACCGCACCCACCUGGAACGCUACGCGGCCAGUGUGGUCGUGACCGUCACCUACGGGCGGCGCGUCGAGGACGUGCGCACCGACGGCGUGGUGCGCAUGAACGCCGAGGCCAUGGACCGGCUCACGCAGGUCAACAUCCCCGGCAAGUACGCCGUCGAGCGGUAUCCGGCGCUGAAGUACAUCCCCAGCGUGCUGGCGCCGUGGAAGCGGCAGGUGCUGGAGCAGCGCCGGCGCGACGUGGCCAUGUACACGGGCCUGAUGGACGACGUGAGGAAGCGGCGCGCCGCGGGUGUCUUGCCGGACUGCUUUGCGGCCCAUCUGCUGGACGAGCAGCAGGGGCUGGGCAUGAGCGACCUCGAGGUCGCGUACACGGCCGGCACGCCGUUCGGUGCCGGCGUCGAGACCUCGGCCGGGUCGCUGGCCAGCUUCUUGCUCGCGUGCGUCAAGUUCGGCGCCGACUUCAUCCCCCGCGCGCAGGCCGAGCUGGACCGCGUGGUGGGCGCGGACAGGCUGCCGACGUUUGAGGAUCUGGGCGAGCUGGAAUAUGUGCGGGCGGUGGUGGCCGAGACGCUGCGGUGGCGACCCGUGGCGGUGUUGGGCGGCACGCCGCACGCGACGACGGCCGACGACACGUACCGAGGCAUGUUCAUCCCUAAGGGGAGCACCGUCAUUGCGCCGCUGUGGAGCAUCCACCUCAACGAGGCCGACUUCCCGGACCCGCACCGCUUCCGGCCCGAGCGCUUCCUGGACGGGAGCCUGAAGGACUACCCGGGCACGCUGGGCCACAGCGCCUUUGGCUGGGGCCGCCGCAUCUGUCCCGGCCUGCACCUCGGGUCGGCGUCGGUGGCCAUCAAUAUUGCGCGGAUCCUGUGGGCGUUUGAUGUUAAGCCUGCGAGGGACGAGACGGGGCGGGAGAUUGAUGUUGAUAUCUUCGCCUUCUCGGACGGCUUCAACUCGAGCCCGCUGCCGUUCGAAUGCUCCAUCACGCCGCGCUCCGAGAGGCAUGUGCACGUGGUCGAGAGGGAGUUCCGCGAGGCCCAGGGGCAGCUGCAGCAGUACACGGCGGCGACGAAGCUGUAGAUGGGGGUGUAAGACGGGCAGGAGGUACUAGUGGUAUUUCAAGAUCCAAUAUCUCAACGGCUAUUAUAAGAGAUGCUCUGAUGUAAGAAUACCAGGAAUACCAUUUCGACUCAUUCAGACUGCUUUGCACUAUGUACAUAUACAUGAGCCGGUUCACAAACAUUAUCCCUCACGCG